AUUCCGAAUGCUUCUCCAACCUCCACUUCAAGUGGCGCCACUCUCCUUCUGCCGGCAUUGACUUGUCUGCUUCCGCCAAUCCAUCUACUCUCAGAGCUGAAGAGCCAUAAUAUUCGUAAUCAUGGUAUCUUCAGCGUCCGAGAUGACGAUUGAGGAUGCCUGGGAAUACAUCAAAUCCGCGGCCUUGACCGGCUGGUCAAGGACAACGCGACGAAUGCGCGCUGCGGGCGCUGUAUUGAUAUUUUUUAUUUUAUGCUCCAUCCUCCUCCGCCCUUCAAUGCCGAGUCCAUCACUCCCCCGAGUCCCUUCUAUAAGCCUCGAGUAUGGCUCGCCCGACAUUUCACCCUACAACGCCUCCAAAGUAGCCCUCCUCAUUGAGAACCGCGUGAACCCGAUCCUCGCACCCCUAAUGAUACACUUCAUGUCCGUCGUGCCCCCGGACUGGCGCUUCCGCUUCAUGGGCUCUCUGGAGUCUGUCGAGUUCCUGAACACCAGCCGAGCGAUUCGGAACCACGUUGCGAGCGGGAAGCUCGAUUUAACAUAUAUCCCCGCGAAUAUGACGACAGGGAGCCAGGAGGAGAUCUCGAAGUUCCUGACGACAUUAUGGCUUUAUGAGACGGUGCUGCAGCCUGCGGAGUGGCUGCUGGUGUUCCAGACUGAUAGCAUGCUCUGUGCGAAUAGCAGGCAGAGCUUGAAUAACUGGCUGGAGUACGAUUGGGUUGGAGCACCGUGGAAUCCGAGUGGAAGGUUCGGAGGCAAUGGAGGACUAAGUUUACGGAGAGUGAGCAGGAUUAUUGAAGUUCUGAGAUAUCAGACGAGGCUUCCAAAUUCCGAGCCAGAGGAUGUUUGGCUUACGGAUCGGUUGGGCCACCGACCGGGAGCGAAGCUUGCGAACGGGACGGCCAGUCUGACAUUCAGUGGGGAGAUGUUUGGCGGCGAGGGGGAGAAGGUUGGAGGCAAAUGGAAGGGCAAGAUCAAAGAUCCUACGAAGGCUGGGGACUUGAUCAAGGGGAUUGAUGACUGGCGAGAUGGAUUCUAUGAGCCCAUGGGUUACCACACCGGCGGCAGUGGAGACACGCUACACAACGGCAUCUGGGGAACCCCAGCGAUGAGAAAGCACAUUUGGGGCUAUUGCCCUGAGGUCAAAAUGAUGCUCAAAAUGGAUGCUGCAAAGUACGUUCCAGGCGACUGUCACAGCAACUGGAAGAGGUCAGAGCAAGGUUGGGAUGGGAUGUAUCCUGAUCUCGGCGAAACGGAAAUCAUCGACGGAGAGGAAUACCCCAUACUUCCUGCAGGCUUAAUGCCUUGGUAGAAGCCCGCGUUCACACAAAAUCACAUAUCUGGACAGCAAGAGCAGCAAAAAUCUUGCACACGCGGUCCAUCACACUAUGUACUAUCAUCUGAAGGAUGUCCGACUUCCUCAUAGUAUCAGGAGCCUGGCAUUUGGGUUCCUACUUUCUUCCUGGGAAAUUUAUGGGAGCUGGGAGUUCAGGAAAUUUGAGAAGAGAAGAGGGGCGGAUACCCCUUGUGUCUUGAUAGAAUGGGGGGCGUUGGAUCUGGGGUAACUAAAUGCGUACAUAAAAUAGAUGAGAUCUGAAUGAAAUACCGCUUUUGCGCGUUGAUUAUUGC